AUGGCUGGUCCUUUUGAACAAUCUCUGGAAGAAGUUCAUAUUUUGUUUGAUUCGAUUUUCCUUCCUUCCGAAAAUACAAUCGAUAAUUCUGAUCAACAUGCUCAAUCAUCAUCGACGUCCGGUUCACCGAUUUCGCGGACGAUUAAAUCCGAGGAUGCACUCAUCACAAGACCACCAAGUCUGUUGGAACUUCGACAAAAUAAUGCCCAAGAUUGUCAGAACCUGAUUAUUGCAUCUGUGGAUCGAGCAACUGUUGAGAUCUCGAGAACAAUAAUCGCGUUAAACGCCACAUUCUCACAGCAACUUCAGCAAGCAUCGAUAUCUGCUUCAAAUGGAAUCAAAUCUGCACAGGAUUCAGCUUCGUCAUCCAUUGGAGUUGUCGUCUCAAGCGCCGACAUAGCAACUUCAUCUGCUUCGUUUAUGCUCACCAUUGCCAAUCGACAAGUCGUCAGUGCUACGUCGGCGUUGGCAGAUGUCAGUCUGUCUUCUAGUAGCGAUGUUGCUAUUUUAAGCUCAAGCUUGGGUCAGCUACAAGCCAGUUUGAGUUCAAUGCAGGCUUCUGCGUCUGCUGCGAUUGCUGCUGCCCAAGCAGCAAUCGCUUCCGCAACAGGGUCAGCAGCUGCACAGGCAUCUUCUCUUCUCGCUUCCGCAAAUGCAAGACUAUCUCCCACUGCGACUCAGACGGUCGUUGGAGCAGGACAGACAGUUCAACCUUUACCUUCAUUCCCAGUACCAACAAACAUCUCUCUUACACCUGGCCAGAUAGCCGGUAUUAUCGUCGGUGCCGUUGCAGCUUCAGUACUACUAAGUCUGGCAGCAUACUUCGCAAUAGUACGUCUGAAGAGAAGGAAGCAUGACAGCUACAUGGACGAGAAAUAUGAUGCAAGGAGUCCGAAGGAAGUGCAUUCACGUUCAAGCUCCGCACCACGUACUGGGAAUACAAUGACGCUCAAGUUCAACCCUCCAAAAUCAUCAGAUGUUCCUCCUCCCACCAAAUCAGCACUGCGAAAUGAUGCGAGGAGCUCGGUGGGAAGUCCACCGGUGCCUCAGAUUUCGCCUCUCCAAUUUCAGGGCCCACCCGCCAGAAACUCUAGUUCAAGUACAAAUAUUACCGUAUGGAAUCAACAGCAACCUCCUGUAGCUGCUACAGAAUGGCCCGUACCAUCCUCAUCAAAACCCGGGAAUGAGUCAGGUUCUUUCGAUCUACCAGCUCCGGAGGCCUCGGGAGCACUAGCAGCGCCCGAUCGAUUGGGGAAAAGAGGCUACAGAUCGGGUGGAGAACCUAGUGAGGAACACGGUUCGCUCAAUCCAUUCUCAGAUCCUCGUGAGUCUAAGAGAGAAGAGCUUGAUGACCCUUUUGAGGACGUAUCGAGCCUCUACUCAAUUCCAGAUGCGCAGGCAUAUAACUUCAGAUUGUCCACAAAUUCUACCGCGCAGAUAGCUGAAGAAGCUGGCAAUCCGUUCAAUGAUCCAGCGACCACCUAUAUCGACCCGUCUUGGGACAAAUAUAGAUUCUCCGAUGCUCAGAUUUUCACGAAACCUGAAACACCCCAAAUAGAGGAAUCGAAACCAAGAAUGAAUACAUUGGCCCAGUAUCAGUAUGAAGACGAGCCUGUCAAGACCACAAUUUCUGAACCAGAACCCGCUGCUAAUCCCUCAAUCCUCCAACUGCAAACAGCAUUCGUGGAAAAACCGUCUUCUAGGAUGGAACAAAGACUCCAAGCUCCGGAACUGACACCCACUAAACCCUCAUUUCAAGAUACCAACUAUGUCACACCCAAUCAACCAGAAUUCCUAAAGAAUUACAUUCCGCCCACGCCGGAGUCAGAAAAGAUACCUUCCCCUCCACCACGAAGACGUCCCUCUCUAGGAAGCAUUCGGCCGCUACGGAAAAUGCUUCCACCUAGACAGAAGACCGUUUCUCCACCACGGCAAGUGAACUUCAACAGAGGCGAAGGAAGCAACCGUUUCCCGCCAAAAUUACCACAAGGUGCCCAAUCAAGGGAACCUUUCCCUCCGAUACUGAAAUCAGUGACAACUGAGAUAACAGUAUCUGAUCAGUCGUCUCGGCCAUCAUCAAAAGAGUUGAGAGAAGCUGCCCUUUCGCCUCUUCGACGCAAUCCUGUUUUGGCUCAGGUCGAAGCAGAGCUUGCAAUUGCCACGAAAGACGUCGAGUCAGAAAUACCAAUAAUGUUGGAAAAGGCGCAGGAAUCGAAGCAGCAGCAGAAAUCAUCCAGUCGCUCUCUGCUUUUGGAUGGUGAGAGAUUUUCUACUGCUGCCCGAGACGGAGAAGGGGUCGAAGAAGCAGAAAACAAUGACCGUGAGUAUCGUGGAAGGUCAAUGAUACGGACUUCAGACAUCAUCGAAGCUCGUCUCUCGAUAAAAUCACAGAACCAGGAAAAUCGCAAGUCAUUGCCAACAACAGAGGCUCGGAUCAAUUCCACAGUCCAGAAGUCCCAGCCGAUCAUAUCUUCCAAGUCGCCAAGCGACAAGAUCAAGAAUACGCAAAUCGGCAUAGGGGAAUCACCACUUCGCCGGAACCCUGUCGAUAUGUCCUCCAUCCCAAGGAUUCCCAUGCAUCGAAGAACGAAGACACUACCGCCUCCUCGCCAGCAUAUCCGCCGCGAACACGCCGCGAAACGGAGAUCACGAUCCCUCUCCCCGAUCAGACUCGUCAACAAAUUCCUCCAACUCGAACGGUCACCAAUCCCAUCUCCGAAAUCGCCUUUCCGAGUUAAUCCAAGCAACCUAAAGAGCACAAAACGGAGAUCACGAUCUCUCUCUCCACCACGACAACCAAAUCCAUCUCUUAAAUCUUUACCACACUCAAUCUCACGAGAAAACUCACCUCUUCGACGAAACCCAACACGUACUUACUCCCCAAUGGUCUCCGGCACCGUCGCCGUCGAUUCUACACCUACAUCAACUUCUGCACGAGUCCCAAAAGCCGCGAGAAACGGUCUUUUUGCACAGAGUCUGUCAAAGUUCCAGAAUCUGGCGUCGCAGAAUCCGCAGGAUGCGAUUAUUGCUUCAACGGAGGUUACGCAGAGGGCGAUUGCGGGGAUUUAUAUUCCUGGGAGUUUGAGAGAGCAAGCUGUUAGAACUGUGAGUAAGAGUCGGGAGGGGAGGCUGAGGGAUGGUGGGAAGGAUGAAUGA